AAAACAGGGGAGAAUAAGAGUUCAUAUAGUGUUAAAGAUGAAGAAAAUGAUAUGUUUGGCUUAUGUUUCGUUGCUUCUGUUUGGUAGCAUGCCAGUCAAAGGAUCAACACAAUGUGAUGUUGAUUGGAUACCCGGCACUACCAGUAAUUUUUGUUACAAAGUUAUAGAGAAAGGUAGAACAUGGCAAGACGCUUCAGCAUACUGUCGGCAGAUUGGUAGUGAGCUGGCUUCUAUCUCUGAUGAAAAUGAACAGAAUUUUAUAGCAUCUUUAUUUUCAACUCUUCCUUCUUACGUCUUCUGGAUAGGAGGGACAAAACAGACACAAGAUGGAAGUUGGCAAUGGAGUGAUAACACACCCUUUAGGUAAACAGUAGGCAAUCAAUAACACAACCU